ACCAUCCAUCGUCCUGUCCCUCCUCACUGGCGUCCAUAAGUAGCAUCGCGCACUCCUCCACUGCAUCACUCCAUCCUGCAGAAUAACAGACUGACCCACGGGUCCAAAUAAAAAGCGCGCGUCCAAGAGACCUCACCAUGUACUCGAGCAAAGGCGAGGGGCCGCGCAGAGGAAGGUCCUUUGACUCAAUGAACCUCGGCUUGUGUUUGGAAGAAAAGCAGCUUAAUAAUGAGAUGAACAAAUUGACAUUUCCUAAGAUUGAUGAGAACAAAGAUAACAAGAGUGUGUCUGGAGAAAAGGGUCAUGCAGCUAUAGUAUUCACACUGAAGAACGAAGUCGGGGGGCUCGUCAAAGCACUGAAACUGUUCCAGGAGAACCACGUCAACCUUGUGCACAUCGAAUCCCGAAAGUCCAAGAGGCGCAACUCGGAGUUUGAGAUCUUGGUGGACUGCGACAGUAAUCGCGAGCAGCUCAGUGAUAUCAUCCAGCUGCUGCGUAAACACGUCAACGUGCUCGAGCUGGACGUGUCCGACAACCGACUACCUGAAGAGAGCGAAAUGGAAAAUGUACCCUGGUUUCCCAGGAAGAUCUCUGAUCUGGAUAACUGUGCGAACCGUGUGCUGAUGUAUGGAUCGGAUCUGGAUGCUGAUCACCCGGGAUUUAAGGACAACGUCUACCGCAAAAGGAGAAAAUAUUUUGCAGAUCUGGCUAUGAGUUACAGGCACGGAAACCCCAUUCCCCGAAUUGAGUAUACAGAGGAGGAGGUGAAAACAUGGGGGGUCGUGUUCCGAGAGCUCAAUAAGCUCUACCCUACUCACGCUUGCCGCGAGUAUCUGAAAAAUUUACCUCUGCUCACCAAGUACUGUGAUUAUCGCGAGGACAACAUCCCACAGCUGGAGGACAUCUCACGGUUCCUAAAAGAGCGUACAGGGUUCACCAUAAGACCUGUGGCAGGAUAUCUCUCCCCAAGAGACUUCCUGGCAGGAUUGGCUUUCCGUGUGUUCCACUGCACGCAGUACGUCCGGCAUAGCUCAGACCCUCUCUACACACCUGAACCGGACACGUGUCAUGAAUUGCUGGGUCAUGUGCCUCUUUUGGCCGAGCCCAGCUUCGCACAGUUCAGUCAGGAGAUUGGACUUGCAUCACUUGGAGUAUCUGAUGAUGAAGUUCAGAAACUAGCCACUUGUUAUUUCUUCACUGUGGAGUUUGGACUCUGUAAGCAGGAGGGGAAGCUGAGAGCAUAUGGUGCAGGCCUGCUGUCCUCCAUCAGUGAGCUAAAGCAUGCUCUGUCAGGGAACGCCUGCAUCAUGCCUUUUGACCCCAAAGUCACAUGCAAACAGGAGUGCAUUAUAACAACAUUCCAGGAUGUCUAUUUCAUGUCAGAGAGCUUUGAGGUGGCCAAAGUCAAGAUGAGGGAGUUUGCGAAGACAAUCAAGCGACCAUUUACGGUGCGUUAUAACCCCUACACACAGAGUGUGGAUGUGCUGAAGGACACGACCAGCAUCAACUGUGUGGUGGAGGAGCUGAGACAUGAGCUGGACAUUGUGGGAGACGCUCUGAACAGACUCAAUAAACAGUCAGGCAUCUGAAUAACCGUUCCCAUAUACAUAUAUAUUCUGCUUUAUAUACAAAUUUUCCAUUAAAAUCACCAAAAUGAUUAUAUUAUUUUCAAAGCAAUCACAAAUUCCAUGAGUUGUUGUUAACUACACACACACGCACACACGCACACACACACACACACACACACAUAUAUAUAUAUAUAUAUAUAUAUAUAUAUAUAUAUAUAUGGAUAUAUAUGUGUGUGUGUGUCUUUCUUGUUAAACUCAUUAAAAUUACACACCUUGCUGUUAAUUGUACUUUCAGUGUUGCUUUCUAGCCUGAAAGUUUAUGCAAGGAUAAUAAAGAAAAUUUCUUUUUCACAUUUUCACUUUUUUGCACAUUAUUACUGUUUUCUCCUGAAAUAUGUCAUUGCGAUAAAGUUGUGGUGGCUCUGGUCAGAGUAAUGUGUUUGUGAUUUCAGCUUCUGUGUAAAAGACAUUGAACUCACUGCAUUGUAAGGCACCUUUGUGUAAUGAUAUUGUCUACUAUUUAUUAUGAGCUUACUGUAUAUCUUGUAGCUUUAGUAUAAUUUUUCUCUCUAUGGGGGAUAUGACAAGCACACGUAAUGUUUUGUCUUUGUGAACUUAAUUGAACUUAAUGAUUAUAUACUAUAUUUCUGUCUAUAUAUAUUCUAUCUUGCAUUGUUGUUCGUCAUGUCUGAUCUCUUGUAUACUAAUACAGUCAGAGCUUGUAUUCAUUUAGAAUGAAAAUUAUUUGUGUAAAUAUGUCAAUGGUUAUUUAAGGGUAAUUUUUACAACUGAGUGUCAAGAAUGCUUAGCUACCAAAUAACUAAUGUAAAACAGCCCUACUGCAAUACAAUACAGGUUUUAAACUGCUAGAUGAAUGUGAAUUUAGUCAUGGAAGAGGUCGUUAAAUAAAAUUCCUUAUUUUUGUAUCAAUGCCAA